GGGAAUAUUAGGAGCUGCUUUGGAGGUGGAAGGAAGAUGAACACGAAAGGAAGCAAUUCUCCAGCUAAAGGAGUCGAGGUGUUUCAAAUUCUCUCUCUGGAGCAGAAUGCACAGCUUCUGAAGGCAGUUCUGGAGCAGGAGCAGCAGGAGCAGCAGGAGCAGCUGGAGCAGGAGCCCAUCAACUCAUUAACUGCACAGCAAUGGUCAUUGGCUACUGGUUAUCGUCUGCAGUUUGUUGGAAUUGGCUGAUGUUUAUGAUUAACUGCAGUGCUUUCAGAAAUCAGAAGAUACGAAUCGUUUUUUUUUCACUUUUUUCACUUUUUUCGUUUUACAGUUUUCU